AUGACACAUCUUCAAAGAACAUAUCCCACAUCGAUGUCAAAAGGUAGAGCUAGCUUUCCAAAAGGCUUUCUCUUUGGAACUGCUUCUUCUUCUUACCAGUAUGAAGGAGCUGUCACUGAAGGUGCGAGAGGUCAAAGCAUGUGGGAUCAUUUCUCCAACAGAUUUCCUCACAGAAUCAGUGAUUCUAGUGACGGAAACGUCGCCGUCGAUUUCUUCCAUCGCUACAAGGAAGAUAUCAAGAGAAUGAAAGAUAUAAACAUGGAUUCUUUUAGGCUUUCCAUUGCUUGGCCACGAGUACUACCUUAUGGAAAAAGGGAGAGAGGAGUUAGUGAAGAAGGAAUAAAGUUUUACAAUGACGUUAUAGAUGAACUCCUAGCCAAUGAAAUUACUCCUCUUGUUACUAUCUUUCAUUGGGACACACCUCAGGAUCUUGAAGAUGAAUAUGGCGGUUUUCUAAGCGAGCAGAUUAUAGAUGACUUUAGAGACUAUGCGAGUCUCUGUUUCGAGAGAUUUGGGGAUAGAGUGAGCCUGUGGUGCACACUGAAUGAGCCAUGGGUCUACAGUGUCGCGGGUUAUGACACAGGGAGGAAAGCGCCAGGUCGGUGCUCAAAGUAUGUGAAUGGAGCUAGUGUGGCUGGAAUGUCCGGAUACGAGGCGUAUAUAGUGAGCCAUAACUUGCUUCUUGCGCACGCUGAAGCAGUUGAAGUGUUUAGGAAGUGUGACAAUAUUAAAAAUGGACAAAUAGGAAUUGCGCAUAAUCCGCUUUGGUACGAGCCUUAUGAUCCAACCGAUCCAGAUGAUGUAGAAGGAUGUGAUCGAGCUAUGGACUUCAUGAUUGGUUGGCAUCAUCAUCCGACAGUGUAUGGAGACUAUCCAGAAACGAUGAAGAAAUCAUGCGGAGAUCGACUACCGAGUUUUACACCAGAACAAUCCAAGAAACUGAUAGGAUCUUGCGACUACGUUGGUAUAAACUACUACAGCUCGCUUUUCGUAAAGAGUAUCAAAGAAGUGGAUCCUACGCAACCCACUUGGAGAACUGAUCAACGCGUAGAUUGGAUGAAAACCAACAUAGAUGGGAAACAAAUAGCGAAACAAGGAGGAUCAGAGUGGAGUUUCACAUAUCCAACAGGACUCAGAAACAUUUUAAAGUAUAUGAAAAACAGUUAUGAUAAUCCUCGGAUUCUCAUCACCGAGAACGGGUAUGGUGAAGUAGCGGAUCAGAGCCAGAAUCUGUUUAUGUACAAUCCUUCAAUCGACACAGAGAGAUUGGAAUACAUAGAAGGACACAUCCAUGCGAUUCAUCAAGCCAUUUUCGAGGAUGGGGUAAGAGUGGAAGGCUAUUAUGUAUGGUCAUUGCUAGAUAACUUCGAGUGGAACAGUGGAUAUGGUGUGAGAUAUGGUUUGUAUUACAUUGAUUACAAGGAUGGGCUUAGAAGAUACCCGAAAAUGUCUGCUUUAUGGUUGAAAGAGUUCUUGAAGUUUGAUCAAGAAGAAGAAGAAGAGUCUUGUUCCGUGUCUACCAAGGAAGUGAAGAAAGAGAGUUACGGGAAGCAGCUGCUCUGUUCUGUUCAAGACAGUCAUUUUUUGCAUUCGAUCAAAGACAGUGGUGCUUUACCCGCUGUUUUAGGGAGCUUGUUCGUUGUCACGGCAACUGUUGGCACUUCUCUGUUUUUCAAAAGAUCGAAGCACGAGCAAAACAACAAUGAAGAUCAUGUAGACCAAGAUGAGGAAGAAGGAGUUAAUGACGAUCAAGACGUGGAUCAAGAAGCUGAACCUCAACAUGUGGUAACAAGAUAUGGCCGUGCGAUAAACAAGCCAAGAUAUCUUAAUGAUUAUGUGCUACUGGCCGAUAUUGAAAGCGUGAAGCUAUUACUCACAGUAGAUGGCGAACCAGAGAACUACUAUGAAGCCGCAAGCUCAAGAGAGUGGGUUGAUGCAAUGGAAAGUGAGCUAGACUCUAUUGUAAGAAACAACACAUGGGAGCUUGUUGACAAACCGGCUGGUGUAAAGAUUAUAGGGUUAAAGUGGAACUUUAAAAUCAAAAAGAAGGCAGAUGGAUCUCUAAACAAGAACAAGGCGAGACUUGUGGCCAAAGGUUAUGUACAAGAACAAGGAGUGGAUUUCGAAGACGCAUUCGCACCAGUGGCAAGAAUCGAAACCAUACGAUUACUCAUAGCCUUUGCAGCAACAAGAGGUUGGGAAAUUCAUCAUCUAGAUGUCAAGACGGCUUUCCUUAAUGGUGACUUAAACGAGGUGGUUUAUGUUAGCCAGCCAGAUGGUUUUGCAAAGAAAGGAGAAGAGAAUCGAGUUUAUAGGCUUUACAAAGCCUUAUAUGGCCUACGCCAAGCCCCAAGAGCGUGGAAUAUGAAGCUCGAUCAAGUCCUCAAAGCAAUGAACUUCGAGAGAUGCUUGAAGGAAACCUCUGUUUAUCUCAAGAAAAACGACAAGGACUUAUUGAUAAUUGCUAUCUAUGUUGAUGAUCUUUUUGUGACAGGGUCUUCACGAAAAAUCAUUGAUCAAUUCAAAGAAGAUAUGUCAAGGAGGUUCGAGAUGUCAGAUCUUGGGAAGUUAACAUAUUAUCUUGGUAUAGAAGUGAUCCAAGGAGCUGACGGGAUCAAGAUCAAGCAAGAAGGAUAUGCAAAAGGAAUCCUCUUGGAUACUAAGAUGGAUACGUGCAAUUCAACUCACGUACCAAUGGAGUCGAAUUUGAAGAUAUCAAAAGCAGAGAGUGAAAAAGAAAUCAACGCAACGGAGUAUAGACGAGCGAUAGGAUGCUUGAGGUAUCUUGUUCAUACAAGACCAGACUUAGCGUUCUCAGUCGGAGUCCUAAGUCGAUACAUGCAGAGUCCAAGAGAGUCGCAUGGGCAAGCCAUCAAACAUGUAUUGAGAUACAUAAAAGGAACAACGAACAUGGGGUUGUUUUUUAAGAAAAACGGAUCAAGAGAGAUCAUUGGCUAUAGUGAUAGCAGCCACAACAUUGAUGUCGACGACGGGAGAAGCACGUCGGGACACGUGUUCUACCUAGGCUCAUCGCCGAUUACUUGGACGUCGCAGAAGCAGCCCACAGUCGCUCUCUCCUCAUGUGAAGCUGAGUUUAUGGCAGCCACAGAAGCUGCAAAACAAGCUAUAUGGCUUAAAGAGUUAUUGAAAGAAAUACAGAGUUUGGAUAAGAAGAUUACUCUAAGGAUCGAUAACAAAUCAGUCUUAGCUUUGACGAAGAACCCGGUGUUUCAUGGAAGGAGCAAGCACAUUCUCAAGAAGUAUCACUUUAUUCGUGAAUGUGUGGAGAAUGAUCACAUCGAAGUGGAGCAUGUUCCAGGCGCGGAACAAAAGGCGAACAUCCUUACUAAACCAUUAGCAAGGAUCAAGUUCAAGAAAUGA